CUAAAUCAAAUAUGGCGGCGCCCAUCGUGUCUAAAGACAAAAUACAUACAACAUUACAGAAGUUGCGUCAAAAAGAAAACUCUGCCAAAGUUGUUCGUAAAAAUGUUCUUUGUUUGGAUAAAAAGGAUUGGCCAAGACCCCCACAAUGUUUUAUGGAGAAAGUAAUUGCAGUACUCUCUGAAAAAUUAAAGAGCCUACCAAAUAUAUUUAAAAGGGCAGAACCAAACUCUGAGGACUCGGAGGCCAAAUCCAAAGUUAGGUGCCAGCUUUCUAUUGGAGUGUCUCAGCUGUUGAGAGAUUUGGACAAAGACAAUUUGGCCUGUGUUCUUGUCUCAAACCAAGCAUCGCCUUCCAUUACUGUAAAUCAUUUAAUAUUAGUGUGCCAAGAAAAGUGCUGUCCAGUGCUAUGUGUUAAUGAUCUGGCAGUAAGUGUGGCUAAAAGUACAGAUUCUAAGUGUUUCCCUCUGGCCAUUGGUUUCAAGAGAGUGGCUGCUGGUGACUUUAGUGAGAUUAUUUCCAUGGUACAGAAGAGUGAAUUUGGUCAGUCUUUAAAGGCAGAAACUCAAACUGAUGAACAGAUCAAGUUGAUGGAACAAAAGAAGCCCGUGUAUCCUAAACCCAUCCAUUUGAAUGAAAAGGAAGAAGAAACGCUAUUGGCUGAGCUCAGGAGGGUGUUUACUGUAAUGGUCGCAGCUCCAGCUGUAAAACAAGAGGUGAAAAAGAAAAAGAAGAAAAAGCCUAAGAAAAAAAAUCUGAAACUAUCAAUACACAAAGACUAUCACUCACUGUUUGACUUUGGUAAAAGGACUGUGUGUGAGCUGGUACUCAGAGGCAACAUGCAACUGGUGCUGGUUUCCAAAGAAAUAAUUCCUGUGCUGCUGGCAGAGCCUCAGGUAUCUUCUCUGCUUAGUGCUGCAGCCAAGAAAAAUUGUCCUGUGCUAGAGAUUGCUGGACUGACAAGCACUUUGCGGCCGUUGUGUCAGGGCUGUGUAUCUGUGCUAGGUAUUAGGAAAUUCUCUACCAAUUCUACUCAAGAACAUUUUCAUUCUCUAGUUGGCAUGUGCCUUAGUGCUAUUGCUAACCAACACACUGCCACUCAGCAUAUAGAGGGAGCUGCAUUAGCAGAAGAUUUAAAUAAUAAACCCAAAUCUGUUUCUGAGAGAAAACCCAGGGUAUCUUCUGAAAGCUCUGAGAAUGAAGAUCUGGAUGAGGCAGAAGUGGACUACUCCCAUCUGUACAUUUUAAAAUCAGAGUCCUUAGAGUAUUCUCAGGCCAUGUCCAAACUAAAAACUGACCUGGAGAAACAUAAACAAGAGCAAAACUUCAAGUCAGAUUUCAUCUCCUUUGGGGAAAGCAAUAUAAACUUAGCCUCUACGCCAAGGAGCAACCCAGAUUCCAUUUCUGUAGCAAAGCCCAAAUAUGUGUCUGCUUCUAUUAAAACUCCUAAAAUGUUGGUAUCGAACCAAGCCUUACAUCCAACACCUGGGGUACAUGCUGUACUGGGCAAGGAUGAAGGCAGUGAUCUGGGGGAAACUUCUGAACAUUCCUCCAGCACAAGUCAAGAAAUCAUUGAUUCCAAGGUGGUCAGUUCCACAGAUGCUACCACUGACACCUUAUGCUUUACUUUGUCUAGAUCUGGGGACGCUAACUUGCUACGCACGAAUAAAAAAGCCGAAGUGCCCAAACCGGCAAUACUAACAUCUGUGCAACAUCAGGACACUGAGACCCUCGGAACCAAGCAGUUGGUGUCAACUAGCAGCCCAGUCACUACGGGGAUAGAUUAUAUUGUGUUAGCUGAUCCAGCAGCACAGAAAUCAAAGAGGAAAGCUUUAAAGAGGAAGCUGAAGACACAAGGAGAAUAUUUGCCUUUUGUUUACAAAGAGGCUAACAUAAAAACAAUGACCGGCAAUCCUAACAAAAAGAAGAAGAAAAAAAAGAAAUGACAUUUUAAGAAAUUGUAUCCCCUUAAUAGCAAUGUGUUUUGGUUAGUUGAAACAACAGAAUGUGUUAUGGUUGGUUGAGACCUUGUGAAUGUGUGAUAGAAACAUUUCAUGUCAUUGUUUCACUGUUUAUUAUAAACUAUGAUGUUGAUGAAGAGAUAUUAAUACCGGUAUAGAAAAAGAAUUUGUUUAUUUUUCUUUGCACUAUGAGGUCUAUGAAGAAUUGAUGAAAUGGCAUAUGUGUUAUCUCAGGUCUCUCUAAAUUGAUGCCCCUUUUCCUCCUUUACCCCACUGACCGCAUGAAAAGAUAUUCUGAUUAGUUUCUUUCUUUUACAUGUUUCAAGCAUUUCUGCUGAACUGAAGAUGAUCAAAUUCCUGACCCAAGACCAGACAUAUGACAAUUUGAUCUAUCCACAGAUAAUUUAAAGUUGACCGAUAACUUGUGAAUGUGUACAAACAAUAGUUUGUUGUUAAAGUUUGGGACCAAAUCUUUAAUCCAGCAGUAAGUCCUGCUGUAGCACAGUGCGACCAACCUGGACUUUUCAAACUUUAACAAAUUCA